AUAAAAAUAGUCGAAUAAAAAUUGUUUUAGAACUGGUAUAUACUAAAUAUUCAGAUAUACCCGGAAAUAUUUUCUUCGCUUUCAAACAUUAUUUGAAUAAAUUAUAAAAAUUUUUAUUAUAUCAUGAAUCAUACCCAGAGUCAUAUUGUAAAUCAUUAUGAAGAUUUUUUACAACAUUUCAAUAAUAAAGAUAAGAUCAUCGAAAUUGAUGGAAAUACAUUGACGAUCAAAGGUCUGUACAAACUAGGAUACGAAGACUACAAAAUAAAAUUGUCGAAAACAUCUGAAGAAAAGGUCCAAAAAGCAAGAAAUGUAGUCGAGAAUGUCAUUAAAGAUAAUAAAGUGGUAUAUGCGAUAACGACAGGUAUAGGAAAAUUUGCUACAACAACCAUACCCAAGGAAAAUUUAAAUAUGUUACAACUCAACAUAAUCAGAUCCCAUUCCGCAGGUGUUGGCGAUCCAUUAAGCAUAGCUAACACUAAAAUGUUGUUCGCGCUAAGAAUCAAUGUGCUUGCCAAGGGCUAUAGCGGCAUAACCUUAGAAACUUUAGAGAAAUAUAUUGAUGCUUUUAAUAGGAAUCUUUUACCAUACGUUCCAGAACAAGGUACCGUGGGAGCUAGUGGUGAUUUAUGCCCGUUAGCGCAUUUAGCUUUAGGUUUGAUAGGAGAAGGUCUGAUGUGGAACUUUAAAGAGAAUCGUUGGUCCGAAGCAAUUGAUAUAUUGAAAGAGAACGACUAUGAACCAAUCCAAUUAAAAACCAAAGAAGGCAUCGCGUUGAUAAAUGGAACAUGUUUUAUUGCUGCCUUAGGAUGCGAAGCACUUUAUAGGGCAGAAAAAUUGGCGAUUCAGGCCACAAUCAUAUCUGCAAUAACAUUAGAAUGUUUGAAAGGAUCCUAUAAGGCUUUCAGUGCAAAUAUUCAAGAUUUGAGGCCUUACCAUGGUCAAAAGAUGAUAGCAAGUUUACUAAGAGAUCUUCUAAUAUCUGAAAAUAAUCCAUCUCUAAUAGGAAUUAGUCAUACCUCUUGUAAAAAAGUGCAAGAUUCUUAUACACUCCGUUGCAUUCCUCAGGUUCAUGGAAUUGUUAUAGAUACAAUAAAUUUCGUCAAAAAUAUCUUGACCAUUGAAAUCAAUUGUGGAACUGAUAACCCUCUCGUGCUACCGGAUACCGGAGAAAUUAUAUCUGGUGGAAAUUUUCAUGGUGAAUACCCAGCAAAGGCUUUGGAUUAUCUGGCAAUAGCUAUCCAUGAAAUAUCAAGUAUAAGCGAGAGAAGAAUAGAAAGACUAGUUAAUACAGAUUUAAGUCAUUUACCACCAUUUUUGGCACCAGAUGGAGGUCUUAACAGUGGAUUCAUGAUGGCACACGUAACUGCAGCUUCAUUGGUUUCAGAAAACAAGGUUUUAUGCCACCCAUCAUCUGUCGAUUCGCUUUCCACGAGUGCAUCUAAAGAAGACCACGUGUCAAUGGGCGGAUUUUCGGCUAGAAAAGCUCUAAAAAUUGUGGCUAAUGUGGAAAAUGUAUUAGCGAUAGAGUUAUUGGCCUGUUGUCAAGCCUUAGAAUUUUUGCGCCCUUUGAAAUCGACUACACCAAUUGAGGCUGUGCAUUCUUUCGUCCGCCAACAUAUAAAGAAACUUGAUAUGGAUCGUCCUAUGUGGAAAGAUAUAGAAAUUGCUAGAAACAUACUAAGAAGAGGAGAAAUUUUAGAUCUGAUGAAACCAUUGCUGAAAAGUUAUAACGAUUUUGAUCUCGACUAUCAAAAAUAUCUUGAAAAUAGAUAAAAUAAUAUUACGAGUUAUUUUAUUUUUCCGAUUUAAUUUAUUGUCAUCUAAAUAACUAUCCAUAUUUUUAUAUUGUA